AUGGCGAACAGCAAUCUUCCUCGAAGGAUUAUCAAGGAGACGCAGCGGCUCCUCAGCGAACCAGCUCCAGGAAUUAGUGCUUCUCCUUCGGAAGAUAACAUGCGUUACUUCAAUGUUAUGAUUCUUGGCCCAACACAAUCACCUUAUGAAGGUGGUGUCUUCAAGUUGGAAUUGUUUUUACCUGAGGAAUACCCUAUGGCGCCUCCCAAGGUUCGCUUCUUGACCAAAAUUUAUCACCCUAACAUCGAUAAGCUUGGAAGGAUUUGCCUUGAUAUUCUGAAAGAUAAAUGGAGCCCUGCUCUCCAAAUUCGGACGGUUCUGUUGAGCAUCCAAGCUCUCUUGAGUGCUCCGAAUCCUGAUGAUCCGCUGUCUGAGAACAUUGCAAAGCACUGGAAGACAAACGAGGUUGAAGCUGUUGAAACAGCUAAAGAGUGGGCCCGUUUGUAUGCAAGUGGAGCAUGA